CUGGUUUAGAUAAAGCUUUAGAAGACUAUAGUACAAUCUUCUGAUAGAUUGUCCCUAAAAAGAAGAAUAACAAUUGCAUGUAAUCUGUAGAAAACAGCAGUAAAUCAUCGGGGAUUGGCUCACAUAAGCCAGUUUAGGCGACAAGUAGUAGUUGGUUCCUUCAUAGAAAUGACUAUUUUUCUUCCUACAAUUGAGCUUGCUAUUCAUUAGUGGAGUUAUGAUGAACUCUUUGAGCAUAAAAGAUCUGGGGGCAAGAAAAGGAGAUGUGAAAUAGAAAGUACAGCCUGUAACAUAGGCUUUAAUUUUAUCUCUAUUUAUAAUAGCUCAGUGUGAAAAAAGCAUGCCUUUAUUUGAUUAGUAGAUUUAGUACUGUUGUGUUGUGUGAAAAUAAAAGGUGAAUAUAUUUUGGACUGAAGGUUUCUUAUCUUUGGAAAAACCCUAGUAUUAUGCUACAAUGCAGUCAUGUAGUGAGAAUUGUUGCUACCACAGUACCACCUGGGAUGGUUGUUAUGAUUUUAGAUUUCAAUUACUGCUAGUUUUCCAACAUUUUAAGUCUCUGUUCUUAGAAUGUGUUUGCUUUUAAUGUUUAAGGGUGUGGAAUAUUCUUUAGGCAUUAUAUGCAAUUCAAUCCUUCUUUAAUAUCAAAUCCUUUUGUUGAGAUUUGGGAGAGGUAUGCAAAUGAAACCUCAAGUUUAUGAACUAAUUUAGUGAUGUUAAAGUUUUGAUUUUGGCGCAACAGAAAGCUACCAAACUGUACGCAUCUAUGUCCAGAGAUCUGUCAUCGUGGUCAAUGUCCAUCACCUGACAAGUGCUCCAAAAAGGUUAUUGUUCGGUGCGGAUGCCAGACCUUGAAGAAGGAGUGGUCGUGCAAAGACGUGCAAGAAGCCUACAGGAAUGCUGGGUCUGAUCCCAAAGAUGUGCCUAAAACUCAAUUUGGACUUGGACUUCUCCCUUGUGAUCCGGAUUGCAGGAGUAAAAUGAAGAUCACUGAUUCUGAGUUACAACUUCGUAAAUCUGUAGUGACACAGAAAAAGGAACCAGAUGGUGAGAAACCCGUAGCAAAACGAAGAAGGCGAAGGGAGCGGGUUCAGGAAGACAAGAAAGCUUCCAGACUGCAGGUUAUUAGUGGUGCUACGAGAAAGGUGCUUUUGAUUGUCAUCAUUUUGGUAACGCUGAUUGCAGUAGCAUACUGUGGAUACAAUGGCCUUUUGUGGCUGUCAGAUUGGAUGAAUGAAGCUGAACUACAACGGCAAAGAAGAAUAUACCCUCGAAUCUGAUUAGCACGUAGUAGUAAUACUACUAUCAGUUGUCAAGGAGUGUGGUUUUAGGUAAGUAUAGAGUGAGAGUGGGUUCAGUCAUCAAAGAAUUCAUUUUUCUGUUUAAUGAUUUUAAUAAAGCUGCACCGUGUAGGACUUACCGAGCAUAUAUUACUAGGCUAGAGGAUGUUUCAGAAUCUUGGAUUUUAUCCAUUUGUUAUUUAGUCACAUGAAGAACUUUGUUAACCCCA